AUUUCAAAACUAUAAGACAAAGGGUCACGGAUUACAUCAUUCUAGGAACCUAAGGAUGUUGUGUUCAUAAUGAUUUCACUCAAUGAUCACAAACAAAGUUAAACAACCAUGUCUUCUUCUCUCAAUAAUCUUCUUUGUCUUCUCUUCUCUCUUUUGGCAACUUCAUCUUCUAUCAGAGUCUCUGCAUUUCGUGUUUCAAUGAAAACAACAUACAUGGACCCGCUAAGUUGCUCUGUAGAGGCUGCCAAUACAUGCACUGCCUCACUCUACCACAUAACUCAUGAUGAUUACAGCCUUGAAGAAAUUGCAUUUUAUUACUCUGUUAACUCUUCACAAAUCAAGCCUAUUAAGUAUGGAACAAGGCAAGAUUACCUCAUAACAGUUCCUUGUUCUUGCAAGAACACACAAAACCUCAGCGGGUAUUUCUAUCAUACAACCUACAAAAAUGUGAAGCAUGGGGACAUCUUUGUGGACAUAUCAGCUUCUGUUUACAGUGGACAAGCCAUGCUGAUCACCCAAAGUUUAAUUCCAGGCAAAGAUCUAGAAAUAGACAUUCCAUGUGGGUGUUCCGAGGAUGAGGGUCAAAGGGUUGUCACAUAUACAGUGCAGCAGAAUGAUACACCAGAAACAAUUUCCCUUUUGCUUAAUGCUACCCUGCCUGCCUUGCUGAGAAUGAACAAGAUUCUAGCUCAGAAACCUGGUUUCAUAGAUAUUGGUUGGGUGCUCUUUGUUCCUUUGGAAUUGAAUGGGGUUCAUGGGGUUCCUCCACAACCCCCAGAAAAAACGAAACGGAACUGGCCAAUGAUAGUUGGUAUCGUCGUGGGAGUGCUGUUACUUUCAGUUAUCAUUAUCACCAUUCUCAUAAUUCUUUGGAGAAGGAGAGUCCAUCAAAUCACCAGAAAUGAUUCCACAGUUGUCUCUAAAAGAUCAUUUGUCAACAGAAAUAUUACCUUGCAUAACUCCACCCUUUACAAAGAAUAUAUGGGAGAUGUAAUGCAAAUUGAAUCAGAGAGGCCAGUGAUAUAUGGUCUUGAGGAGAUAGAAGAGGCUACAAAUAACUUUGAUGAAGCUCGAAAAAUCGGAGUUGGCGGGUAUGGGAGUGUUUAUUUUGGAAUCUUAGAGCAGAAGGAGGUUGCUGUGAAAAAGAUGAGGUCUAAUAAGACUAAGGAAUUCUAUGCGGAACUCAAGGCCUUGUGUAAGAUCCAUCAUAUCAACAUUGUGGAGCUAUUAGGAUAUGCCAGAGGAGAAGAUCACCUCUAUUUGGUGUAUGAGUAUGUUUCAAAUGGAUCUCUCAGUGAACAUAUUCAUGAUCCAUUAGAGCAAGGGCACCAACCUCUUUCUUGGAAUGCAAGGGUUCAGAUUGCACUCGAUGCAGCAAGAGGUAUUGAAUACAUACAUGAUCAUACAAAAGCUCGAUAUGUGCAUCGCGACAUAAAGACUAGCAAUAUUCUCAUUGAUGAGAAGCUCAGAGCUAAGGUAGCAGAUUUUGGACUUGCAAUGCUGGUGGACAGAAGCAAUGAUGAAAAUUUCAUAGCAACAAGGCUUGUUGGAACACCAGGAUACCUUCCACCCGAAUCUGUGAAGGAGCUUCAGGUGACCCCCAAAACCGAUGUGUUUGCAUUUGGAGUGGUUCUAGCAGAACUGAUAACAGGGAAACGUGCACUGUUUCGGGACAAGAACGAAGAAGGCACCAAAAUGAAAUCACUUAUUUCACUUGUACAUCAAAUAUUCCAAGAUGCAGAGCCAGAGAAUGGUCUAGAAGAUGUGAUAGAUAAGAACCUUGAAGCAAACUAUCCCAUUGAAUACGUGUUGAAGGUAGCAGAGAUAGCAGGUCGGUGCUUGCAAGAAGAUCCAGUAGAAAGGCCUGAAAUGAGGGACUUGGUUGGAGCACUGUCACAGAUAGUGAUGAACUCCAUAGAAUGGGAAGCAUCCCUUGGUGGAAACAGCCAAGUCUUCAGUGGUGUCUUUACUGGAAGAUGAACAACACAACACAACUCACUCUCUUUCUCUUGUAAUUAUUGAUCUUAUUAUGCUUUACAUGUAUAAGCAAAUGAUUUUAUAUGACAAGAAACAGAUGAACAUAUU